AGGAGGCCUUUCCGGAGCGCCGCUGGAGAGAGGAAGAUGGCUGCGAGGGUGUUGAGUCGGUGCGGCUCGCAGACCUUCGCCCCGCGGUGGUUUCUGGCGACUCUGCGGCAUUUCAGCCAUGGAACAAACAUACUACAUCAGCCUGGUGGUCCUCAAGGCACCUUCUUCUCACCACUUCAGAAAGUGAUGUUGUCACCAGAUGCUUUUCAUGGGAAAGUGGCCUUUAUCACAGGUGGUGGUACGGGCAUUGGAAAAGGGAUGACAAGUGCUCUCUCUAAUCUGGGAGCAGAAUGUGUUAUAGCAAGCCGGAAACUUGAUGUAUUGAAACAAACAGCAGAAGAAAUAUCUUCUAAAACUGGAAAUAAGGUUCACGCGGUUCAGUGUGACGUGAGAGAUCCAGCGUCUGUCACCAGUGCAGUCUCUCAAUUGAUUGAAGUGGCUGGGCAUCCUGAUGUUAUAAUAAAUAAUGCUGCUGGAAAUUUUAUUUCUCCUUCUGAACGCCUUUCUGCAAAUGCAUGGAAGGCUAUCACUGAUAUUGUUCUGAAUGGUACUGCUUUUGUAACUCUGCAAAUUGGGAAAGAAUUGAUUAAAGCCCAAAAAGGGGCAGCAUUUCUGGCCAUUACAACAGUCUACGCAGAAAGCGGGUCUGGCUUCGUAGUACCGAGUGCUUCUGCCAAAGCAGGUGUAGAAGCACUGUACAAGUCUCUUGCAGCUGAAUGGGGUAGAUAUGGCAUGAGAUUCAACGUAAUUCAGCCAGGUCCUAUAAAGACAAAGGGAGCAUUCAACCGCUUGGACCCCACUGGUGCAUUUGAGAAAGAACUUAUCCAGAGAAUUCCUUGUGGGCGCCUGGGAACAGUGGAAGAGAUUGCCAAUCUUGCCGCCUACCUCUGUAGUGAUUAUGCAAGUUGGGUUACUGGAACAGUCAUUAGAAUGGAUGGUGGUGAAUAUGUGUCUAUGGCUGGAGAAUUCAAUGAAUUACGUAAGGUCACCAAUGAACAGUGGGAUGUGAUGGAACAAAUUAUAAGAAAAACAAAAGGCUCAUAAUUUAUGUUUUUAUGUGAUUUUUUUUUACACAGAUUAGUUCUAAAAUGUUCUGUAACUUAUAAAUAAAAUGCACUAAUACUGAUA